AUGUCUUCAUCGUCACGAGAUUUCAGUCGGCGACGCAAGAGUUACGCCCGGCGCAUUGAACGAUUGUGCUGCGGAGCCCUCACCUACUUCCCUCUGGCCUUUGUCUACGGCCUGAUAACAUGGGCUGCUUGGGUGCAGAUCAGUAUUGGCUUCUGGCCGAAUGAAGGGAAAUGGACCGGCAAGGGAACAUCGUUGAUCGGAGUCGUCCUCUACUCGCUCGCCGUGUCGUGUUAUAGCAUCGCCGUCUUCAAAGACCCUGGGUCUCCUACAAACUCUCCAGCGGCCGGUGGAUACGCAUCCCUACCUACCCACGAAUCGCCAACUUACACAUCGCUCACGGCAAAGUCGUCUGGCAAACCACGAUACUGCAAGAAGUGCAAUUCCAUCAAGCCCGACCGCACACACCACUGCAGCUCCUGCAACCGCUGCGUUCUCAAGAUGGACCAUCACUGUCCCUACCUGGCCACAUGCGUCGGCAUGUACAACUACAAGGCUUUCCUGCUGUUCCUGUCCUACACAUCGCUAUUCUGUUGGCUCUGUUUCGCGACUGCCACUGAGUUCGUCUGGCGCGACAUUUUCGACGAAACCAAGAUAGAAGAAGGUCUACGCAUCGUUAACGUUAUACUGCUUGCUGUACUGGGUGGAAUCAUAGGACUGGUCCUCACUGGCUUUACCGCAUGGCACAUCUACCUGGCGACCACUGGCAAGACGACUAUUGAGAGCUUGGAAAAGACAAGAUACUUCAGCCCGCUGAAGAAGAGCAUGGAACGUCAGAUACAUAAUCAUGAGAGGCAUUACAUGCACCAUGACCCUUCGGACGAGUUGCCACUAGGCGAACAGCUCAAGGAGAUCCACGCGAACUUUGUACCAGGCGUCACCAGACCUGAAGAAGGCGAGGAAUCACGUAACCCAACCCCUCUCCCGACUCAGAACUCUUCAUUUGAAUCUCCUGCCUCGGACAGUCUGCGUCGCAAUUAUGCCAGCCUGGAAGCCGAUCGUGAGAGGGAACGCUAUACCGAGUACUUGGACGAACAAGAUAGCGACAAACUACCACAUGCUUUCGAUCUCGGAUGGCGACGGAACCUGCUCGAUCUAUUUGGCCCCACACCCUGGCUAUGGUUCUUCCCCGUCUGCAAUACUGAAGGAGAUGGAUGGAGGUGGGAAGUCAGCGCACAUUGGAUAGCUCGUCGCGACGAAGUAGCCCGAGACCGUGCGGUACGAGAAGAGAACGAACGUCGCUCGUGGCGUGACUAUCAAGCUCAGCGUGCACAAUGGGGUGCUGGUGCAUUGGGAGCAGGCAGAUACUUCGGAGGUCCUCCUCCUGCGCAACAGCACCAACAACAUCAACAACAUCAGCCUCAAAGAACACAACAACAUCUCCAACCCACUUGGACAGAUGAGCAAGAAGACGAAGAAGAGGCUACAUAUCUGACCACCACUAAUGGUGUGGCUCGCGUUCCUCUGGCCGGCCGUCGCUCUCCCUCGAAAGCAGCACAGAUCCUCGGUCAAUAUCAACAACCAGGCCGCGGCCCCCCUAUUCGCCGCAAAACGGACCCCGACGAUAUCGACGACUAUGACACAAGUAGCGAUGAUGAAGGAUCACGACCAUCGAGUCGACCGCUUCCGCAAACGCGUGAUUGGAACGAUAUCCCUGAUGACUUGUUGACUUCUGCUACGAGUAAGCCGAAGAGGGACAGGAGCGGCAAUCGGACGAAGGGGGAUUGA